AUGGAGGAGAAGACACAGGCUGGCUGGCCUCUGGCAUCAUCCGUGGUGGUUCGUGCGUCUGCUGGACCAGGUCACUUUCCUCCUCUGCCUGGCACUUGCAUCAAACCUGUUGCUGUAAACGCGGCCAAUUUUCCCCCAGUAGGAGGCACCAGUAUCAAGCACUGCAGCCCAGAAAGUAAUGGGGACCUUCUCAAAUCUGAAUCUAUGUGUGGGUUUUAUGCCCACACCAGAAGCGCCCCUCCCCCCGCCUCGUCCCACCUGCUGGACCUGUCCUCCUGCUGCUAUGAGACCAGCUCCUCUGCUUCCUUUGUCUUUGUGUUCCAGCCGUCCACUUGA